AUGAGUAACGAAAUUGAAUGGAGUGAAGAUAUACUAAAUAAGCUUCAUGUAAGAGAUCAGUACGAAAAGAAAGAUUCGAAAUACUUUAAGGCAUUCAGUCAAUUGAGUCAAGAAGCAAGGACGAAUGAUCAAUUCAGUAAUAGCGAUAAGGGUAUUGAACAUAGCAAGCUACUAAAGGAGAAUAAUCAUUUAAAGAAAGAAAACGAAAAUUUAACGAAUAGUCUAAACCAGACCACAAUCCACUUAGAAAAAUCUGAAUUGAAGGUGAAUGAGUUACUAAAAUCGCAGGAUCAGUUAGAGAGACAGAACAAAAAUCUAAGUAACAAAAUCAAGCAUUUGAAUUUAGAAAUAAUAGAGAAAAACAAGUCAGUAGAGAUUCUAAAUGAUGAACUAUUGUUGAAUGAGAUCCAGACCAAUGUUUUAAAUGAUAGAAUUAGCAAGUUGAGCGAUGAGAAUAAGAAGCUUGUGGAACGGUGGAUUGAAAAAGUUAAGAGCGACGCAGAAAAGUUGAAUGAUGCUAACGAAUUUCUAGAAAGAGUAAAUAGGAAGUAA